CGCAAGAUGGUGGCCCGCAAGAAGAAAGCCCGAGCGGGCAGCCACGAGGGGAGCAUACCCAGCCCACCGGGUUAUUCAGCUGUUCCAGUCAAAUUCUCAGAAAAGCAGCAGGCUUCUCAUUACCUGUACGUGAGACAGCACAGAGUUCGCCAAGACACCCAGUCCACGUGGCCUGCCAAUAGGACCCUUUUUAUCCUCAAUGUGCCCCCGUACUGCACGAAGGAGUGCCUGUCUCGACUCCUGGCCUCCUGUGGCACCAUCAAGACAGUGGAGUUGCAGGAGAAGCCUGACCUUGCCGAGAGCCCUAAGGAGCCAGCGUCGAAGUUUUUUCACCCCAAGCCAGUUCCGGGCUUUCAGGUAGCCUAUGUGGUGUUCCAGAAGCCAAGAGGAGUGUCAGCUGCCUUGAAUCUGAAGGGCCCAUUGCUGGUUUCUACAGAGAGCCACCCAGUGAAGAGCGGGAUUCACAAGUGGAUCAGUGAUUACGAAGAUUCAGUGCUCGACCCUGAGGCCCUGAGGGUGGAAGUGGACACUUUCAUGGAGGCCUACGACAAGAAGAUAGCUGAGGAGGAAACGAAGGCCAAGGAGGAGGAAGGCGUCCCUGAUGAGGAGGGCUGGGUGAAGGUGACCCGCCGGGGCCGUAGGCCUGUGCUCCCUAGAACAGAAGCGGCCAGCCUGCGCGUUCUUGAGAAGGAGAAAAGGAAGCGUGCCCGCAAGGAGCUGCUCAACUUCUAUGCCUGGCAGCACCGAGAGACCAAGAUGGAGCACCUAGCACAGCUGCGCAAGAAGUUCGAGGAGGACAAGCAGAGGAUUGAACUGAUGCGUGCCCAACGCAAAUUCCGACCCUACUGAGCUGUUCUGGAUGUGGAGAGCUGGCGUGGAGAACACAAAGACCGGCAGGCCUGCUGCCUCUGGGACCGUGCUUUGGGAAGCAGAUGCCAGGCCAAGAAGCUGUUGUGUCCCACAGCUCUGCCUCUUCACCCACGCAGGCUGGAAAUCAGCACAAGAGGAGGAUUUGGUCUUGAGGCGCUGCCCCUGCCUCUUCGGGCCUGUGAGGACAUUCCUGGGAAAUGUGACUGCUCUCUGCCCUGAACCUGUUAUCCUCCAUGAAUCGCUACUGUCAACAGAGCCGUUUGGAAGGCAGUAAAGAGGGAGGAAGAUUUUAUUUUCACAGAGACCCAUGAUAAGCAGAAGAUCCAGAGACCCAACCACAGCCCUGCUCCCUCAGCGGCACCAGCUUAGUAGAGCUCACCAACCGCAAGCCCCAGAUCACUGUGCCCUUCCUGAAGCCGUGUAUUAAAGGUUAGAAUCUUCUAUUU